AAGCCCAAAAAGACGUAAAAGUGAGCGAAUUGAAAGUGGUGCGGUGUCGCAGCGGCCUCUACCACGUGUACAACGGCCGGCUCAACUGGCACCAGGCGGCGGCCUACUGUGUGCUAAGGAAGAUGAGUCUAGCCAAUAUCGGCACAAUGAGAUGUUUGAAGAAACUGGGAAUGGCCAUGCUCAAGACUCGACCAAGUAUCGAGAACGCCUGGAUCGGCUCCACUGGUACCCUCGGCAAGUGGACUUGGGUGGACACAGGCGCUAGCAUCUUUCAGCUGCCUCCUCACUCUGACGUGCAGGCAGAGCUGUGGCCUCCCAUGAGGGACAGGUCAUCGGUGAAGCAGAGCGGCUGCUUACAACUGGAUCGGCACGCCGCUCACCCACCGGUCUUCAUGGAGGCGCGGUGUGAAAGGAGGAUGCAGUUCAUUUGCUACCAAGGUAUCCAAGCAUUAGCUUCGGUGCCAGCGACACCUAGCGACGACAUCUAUUAUUACGUGCUAGUGAAGCAGCUGUUAUACUGGCAGCAUGCUUACGACAACUGCUUAAAAAUGAACGGGACCCUCGCUAGUGUGGAUAAUAAUGAUAUUUUGAUACAACUGCUACUGAUCAUGGGAGAGAAUAAAGAUGAACCAAUUCAUCACAUUUGGAUUUCCGGUCGUCUAAACAUGACGAGAGAUACAUCAGAUGCAGUGAGUUAUUCGUGGCACAAUCCAAACAAUGGAAAGAAGAUUUACGACCCAGUACAUUUCAAUGAUCCCGCUUUUGCUUUGUAUAUGCCUCCAUGGCUAGAUGAAGAGUUCUCCAUGGAUAAUCCCUGCCUAAACCUGGAUAGGCAGGACCAUCUCAAUGGCUUGGUGUAUGGGCUGCCUUGUGACACGCCGCAGUAUUCCAUUUGUAUGAUUGAAAAAUCAAUCAAAUCUUCAAUGAUGGAGAAUGCCACCGAUGGAUAUGAAACCUCAAAAUGAAGAUAAUUAUAAAGUAUACAUGAAGAAUUU